ACUUGCUUCAAAAAUAUUACAGGAAAAAUGAAAAUGCUGCAGGAGAGGAAUUAUUUCAUCUGUCUCCAAUAGUUUACGAAGCUACUAGUCCAAAUCCACAACAAUUACAUGGAAAGGCAACCAAAUCAAGUGCCAAGAAGCAAGCCGGUUUGACAAGUAAAUCUCAAAACACACCAAGAGCCUUGAGCAUACCUUCUGUUCCUUCAAGCUCCGUACCUUCACAAUUCGGACUUAUGGGAUACACCACUCUUCAAAAUCAUGCAAUGGCAUCAUUUCAAGGCAUACCAUCUCACACUCAAACAGAUAUUCCACCAAUAUCAAAUGCCCAAAUUGCAGGUUCUAGUCCUAACAUCUCUUACCAUACUGGUCAAACACCAUCUCCUUUUCCGAUAAUUCCAGGGCACCCACCAAACUCAUUCAUGCCAAUGAUGUAUUGGCCACACCCAAAUGCAUUUCAAUCUUGUCCCUUUCCAUCCUCAUAUGGGUACAGAUCCUUUCCUCAAUCGUCUAAUUACAUGACUCUUCCUCCUCAACCUUUUUAUGGACACCCUUUCAUGACUCGCACAGUAAAAAGAACUGAGAAGAAAGAUGCAGCACUCCUGGUGGAAACUAAGAGUAAUUCUGACAGUUCAAGCAGUAUUGAACCGAAGGAAGCUUAAAGAAGUUACUAGUAAUGCAAUCGCAGAAUCAUGGGAGAUUUCUUGCCAAACGUUGUAUCUCCACGGCAAUUAAAGUAUUUUUCUUUUGGAAAGAAAGGUAAUAGAGUACGUGUUAUCCAGUCUCUCAGCUACCUUAAUCUUCAAUGGUCCCAUGAUUUCAUAGUGGAAAUGAAAGAAUGUCCAUUCAAAUUUAACAACUGGUUGAUUAUCAAAUUCCCUUUUGGCAAGUACGAUUCAAAGAGAGAAAUUGGGCAGUUAAUAAGUUUAGAUUACAAAGAAACAUCACAUCAAGUUCUCUCAUUAGAACAAUAUCUGAACAUGCAUCCAUCCAAAAAAAAUUACACA